UCCCUCUCCCUCUCUCUCUCUCUGCUGGAACGCACGGUCCUCCGCCUGCUGUCCAGGGAUAAUACUCUCUGUGCCGCUGCAGAACGGACCGUUAAAGCUGCAUGCUGCCUCUUCCUCUUCCUCCACCACCAGACCGAGAACCCCGAUCGAGCUCUACUUCUGAGAUUUCUUGCUUUGGCCUGUGGGGGAAAGAACCGUUUACUGGGACAACAUCUGGUUGCCUGCUUGUGUGGACAAAAGGAAAAUCCGAUCCAACUGGACCACAACACUGCAUCGCGUAGACCACUAACAAGACCACAGUUUGACUCAUCAUUUAAAAGGACACAUUGUUGUUACAUCUAAAGAACUAUUUAAAGUGAGUACCAUCCAGACGCAGGAGGCCCAGCUGACGCUCGACCCAGCCUGUCGUCCGACGGGCAGGACUUCUCCCCCUUCAUCUCUCUGGAGUUCAGCUAAUCUACUAACGUAGAGGUGCUCAUUACUUGCUCUGUUGGUGGACAGCCCACGUGUUGCCAAAUGCUGUGUGCCCAGGUGCAUGUGUGCACACAGGCUUUCAUCGCUGACGACUGGCAGACGAUCUGAGGACAUCAAAUUUGAGGCCUUCUGCCUUUCUCUGACGGCGAGUGUUUCCUCAUCUGUGCUGUCAAGACGUACGGUUGUCAGGGGCCAUGAGUAGCUGCUGGGGUCACAGUCUCCAAAACCCUUCGACGUGGAACACCUAAAAUGGGGACAGGACUUGCUGCCAUGCUGCAAGCUCAGCUCUAAUCACCGUGAAGACACCCGUCCGUUCUCCUUUCUCUCUACUCAGACUUGGCCUGCUUGCUCCUGACCUGCAACCCCCUUCCUGAUUUGAAGCCGCUGCCCGCUGCCUCCCUCCCUUUCAACUCUUUUCUUUUACUCCUCUCUGCUGAGGCAAUCUCAAAACACUCCUAAUCCAAACCAUGGCCAGCAGACUCCGUUUGUCGUCCCUGUUUCUCUCCCUCCUGCUCCCUGCACUGCUGCUCCUCCACCUGCCUGGCGAGGUGAAAGGGGACUGCUGGCUGAUAGAAGGGGAUAAAGGCUACGUUUGGCUGGCUAUCUGCAGUCAGAACCAACCUCCAUACGAGACCAUCCCCCAGCACAUCAACAGCACGGUUCAUGACCUGAGGCUGAACGAGAACAAACUUAAGGCUGUGCUCUUUACCUCCAUGUACCGCUUCACAAACCUUACUGACCUCAAUCUUACCAAGAACGAGAUCAGCUACAUCGAGGAUGGGGCCUUUGCUGGACAAGCCAACCUACAGGUUCUCCAGCUGGGCUACAACAAGAUGACCAACCUGACUGAGGGCAUGUUGAGAGGUCUGGGUCGAAUGCAGUGCCUCUUCUUGCAACACAACCUUAUCGAGGUCAUUUCCACCAAUGCCUUCUGGGAGUGCCCCAGCCUCAGCAGCCUGGACUUAUCUUCCAAUAAGUUGGCCCGUCUUGACCCGGCUACCUUCAAUGUCCUCAACAGGCUGCUGGUGUGUGAACUAGCAGGAAACCCCUUCCACUGUGGCUGUGAUCUCUUCAGCUUUCUCUCCUGGCUGGAGGAGUUUAACAAUGUCACCCAUACCUACGACCGCCUCCAGUGUGAAACACCUCUGGAAAUGACCGGUUUUCCACUUCUGAGCCCACUGCCUGGACACGGAAGAAAUGCCCGUUACACUCUUAAAUCCACGUGUCGCGACGGUGUGAAAAUUACAGGGCUGACCUCCCAGACACCAGAUCAAGAUGGCUCAGGCAUGGGUUUGGAUAACCCGGACCAAGGUCUGUACCACCAACCAACCAUAUCGUCCACUGCUGACCCCACCUACAACCAUCAGAUUUCCCUGAAGCUUCAAACUGUCUCCCUCUAUACCGCCUCUCUAAUGGUGCAGAUCCCACGACCAUACAGUAAGAUGUACAUCCUCUCCCAGUUCAACCACACUAUUGCUGCAGACAUCAAACCCCUUAAAAGCAAGAAAGAGGUACUCAUUUUGGACAACUUGAAACCGCACACAAACUACACUUAUUGUGUGGCUUCCACAAGCAAAUCUCAGCGCUACAACCACACCUGUGUGUCUUUUACCACACGAGGUAUGGGCACAGAGGACCCGCGAGCCAAUCCAUCCACAACCACCCACUACAUCAUGACCAUCUUGGGAUGUCUGUUUGGCAUGGUCAUUGUGCUUGGAGUAGUCUAUUACUGUCUCAGACGGCGACGCAUCGAGGAGGAGAAGCAGAAAGCUAUAAGCGUGAAGAAAACUAUUUUGGAGAUGAGGUAUGGCCCAGAGGCGGCUGCGGCAGUGGCCAAUGACCCAGGUGCCAUGCAGCGUCUCCAGGAGCAAGCUCACCACCAGCACCACCAUUCAGGAGGAGCAGGAGGCAAGCUGCCCCAGUCUACCUCCUCUAGCACAGGCAUGCUCCACGGCUCAGCCAACACCAGCUCUUCCCGCCUCUCCACCUUGCCGCAGGUGGAAAAAAUGGCCACUGCCUUCUCUGAGGCAGUGAGUGGCAAGGGCAACUACAUGGAUGUGAGGACGGCGGGAGUUGCAGGGGAGGGCAGGGAGGGAGGGGUGGGAGGAGCAGCGAUGGGAGGAGAAGUAAUUGUGGAUAUGCGAGGUGGGGGUGAUAACGGGACAGAGGCUGGGGAGGAUUCGGAUGACGAUGGCCGUGGCUCAGCAUCAGAGAUCUCCACCAUCGCCAAGGAGGUGGACAAGGUGAACCAGAUCAUCAACAACUGCAUUGAUGCCCUGAAGCUGGAUGCCUCUGCUAAUGUCGCAACCACUGCUGACAAUGGCAACUCUUUGUCCUCCUCUCAGCCACUAACUUGCAUGACGUCCCUCCCGCGCAACCUCCUGCCCCUCUCUCCGGGCCACCUCGGAGAUCAGAUCAUGGCCUCCUCCCCAAAGGUACAUCCAAAGCCUCACCCCCAGCCUCAUCCUCAGCAACAUCCUCAGCCACAUCCUCAGCCUCAGCAUCAUCCUCAUCCUCAGCUACAUCAGCCGCCUCACCCAGCUUCUAUGGCCCCAGUGCCCCUUGUCAUGCCCCUGUCUGAGCGGCCGGGCAUCAGCGGUGGGGGGUUCCUCUCCCCUCCUUACCGUGACCCACCCCCAGCCAAUGCAGUGCGGCCCAUUCAGAGGCAGUUGAGCGCAGACACUGCUGUGGUGAAGAACCGUUGUGGUGGCCCUCCUGCGGGAGCUGUCAAGAGCAACAGGAUGUACAGUGUGGAUAACCCUGAGCAGCGCAGCGAUCCUCCCAAGUACCCAACAGAAAAAAGCAGCCCUGUGGGUUGUGGUGGAGGGGGUGGAAGCGGAGGAGGUGGCGGAGGAGGGGGCUGCAAUGUCAAUGGGAUGGGAAACAUAAAUGGUGGUGGGGUGAGUGUAAAUGGGGGCGGGAUGGGGUGUAACAACGGGAGUGGAGGUGGAGGUGGAUGUGGAGGAGGAGGUGGAGGUGCGGGGGUUGGCCCUGGACAGCAGCAGCACCACUUGGAGGUUCAGCCAGACUACCACAGCUCGGAGCACCGCCACUCCUUCCCUGCACUCUACUACGAGGGCAACGAAUCACCCUCACCGGCCCAAAAGGCCUCAUUCCUCAAGCCGCUGGGCCGCACCAAGAGGGAUGCCACAGCCACCUACUCCCAGCUCUCACCUUCUCGUCACCACAACUACAACUCUGGCUACUCCUCCAGUCCAGAGUAUUCGUCUGAGAGCACACUGCGGAUCUGGGAGCGAUUCCGGCCUUACAAGAAAAGCCCCAGAGAGGAAGCAUCGUAUAUAGCGGCAGGCCACGCCCUGCGUAAGAAGGUGCAGUUUGCCAAGGACGAGGACCUUCACGAUAUUUUGGACUACUGGAAGGGGGUUUCUGCCCAGCAGAAGCUGUGAGCCGAGGAAGCUAAGUCGAAUGCUGUAAGGGAGAUUGCGAGGUCGAAUGCCAACAGCAGACUAAUAAAGGGGAAUAGAUGUUAAUGUAGCAAGACGGACGAUGAUGAUGUUCCCUCUGAGGUGUCCAGUAACAUGGUUCAUUCCUCUGCUGGAUCCAGAGUUAAAGAGGUAUUCUCUCUGGGUGAUUUUUUUUUAAAUUGAUUCUAUGAUAAUCCAUUGACAUUUUAAGAGGUUGUUUCUGAGGUUGGCUGUUUUCACCACAAUACUGAAUGAUAAUUGACAAGAAUCAAGCUGUUCACCAGACUACCUCAUACUGGGCACUUUGGUCCUCACAGGCUUCCAUAGACCGGCUGAAUCCCCACUAAUGAGCAAAGAAAAGGUGGUAACAAGAAAAUGUCUUCUACCUCAUUACUGGUACACUGUAGCUCGGCUAUCUCACUAGAAGCAGCCCCAUUCAUGACUUAAGCCCCCCCCAUUUCUAAUCCCAUCAAACCGGCAUUCACAAAACAAUCAUUCCACUGCACCGCCAACACCUGCUCUCCUAUAGAAGCAUCACUUAGGGAGAUAAUGAGAGAGGGAGCAGGAUGAGGAAUUAGGUGCGUUUGUUUUAGAGUAGCCUGAAUCUCCCUCUUUGGGGGAGGACAUUAAGUGAUACUUAUCGGGCUAAUUGUUCUUCCUGGCAAUUAGCCAGUGUAAGAAUAGGUCGGGGAGGCUGUGUGUUGAACAUGCUUGUCGAUUCGAAAAACACCUAACUACAUAUGUUCAACGGUGUGUGGGCGCGUAUAUAGUUUGUGCACGCUGGUGUGAGUGAUUGUGUGUGGGUGGGAGAAUAGGGUUGGGGCUUAGUCGUCCAUUAUUCUCAGUCUCCUCUACGGUAGCAAAGUGGAUAGCUUAGUGGAGAUGCUUUGCAUAUAGAUAACAGUCCAGAGUCGUGUGUGUGUGUGUGUGUGUGUGUGUUUGGCCCGGCCUGUCUGUCCAUCUAGAUAGCGUGAAGUAAACCCCCCCUACAAGACCUGCAGGCAUUUUUGUCUCCGAGAACAUUUCUUAUUUACAGGUGCAGCGUAUUUCCUUUGAUAAGGGAAGCUAUGAGGUAGGAAAAUUUACAUUUCAAUAGUGUGAGUCACGCAGAAAUUACUUUAGGGUGGGUUCUGCAGGUUGGCGAGACAGGUGUGAGCUCCAAUAUUAAAGAACCCAGUAAUCACAUUUAGGAGUAGAAGCAGAUUGAGAGCAUGUUAGAGGUUCGCUGCGUUUCAUUUUGAGCGUGCCGGUGUUAAGAGGACGAUAUAGGGGUCCUUGUAUCAGCUCAAGGCGAGGCAGCGUAUAAACUUAAAAUAUGUCAAAUGCUCCCUGCACUACGCUGUGAGACACGAUGGAUGGUGAGCAAAGGAAUAUACUCCGCCUCAGACUGGAUGACUCCCCAGACGCUCUGGGCGGGAGCUUGCUGUGGACCAAAGUGCCCUUCGGAGGUCUGAUUUCAUAAGUUUCUAUGACAUUUGUUUUAUUGGCCUUUCCUUUCCAAUAUGGUUAAUAGAGAAUAAUGUAGCCCCCAAAUGAGCAAGAACAUAACUGCCAUGGUUUAAUUUUGGUUUAUUAUUUAAGAUAUGACUUUAUGGGUGUUGCAAUGAAUUCCGUUGAAACUAAUAGGAGCAAGGCUUGGCUAUUGUUACAGACCAAAUGAGAGACUUAAUUUAUCAGAGCAUUCUGAUACGCAAGAGGCACAAAUGCUGAUGAUUCUAACUGUACACAUGAUGUAGAUAUUCAAAACAAAAGUACUUCUCAUCCAUAUAAAUUAUCUUUAUGCACCUCCCCCUCUACAUCGACGUCCAUGCGGUCAAAAUAUACAUUUCAGCUGGACGUCUGUAUUUCUUUUUCUGCCCACUUAUUCCUAUCCUCACCACUGCCAUCCUGACCUCUCUUUCUCUAAUGUGAUACAUCUCAAUUGAAAAGGUGUAAAUUCUGUUUUAAAAUGUCUAAUUAAUUCAUUCUCCUCCGUGUUUUUUUCCCCCUGCGCGCCACCUCUGUCCAACUUAAUGGGGUAAAUUAAUGAGUAAUUUGUGGAGGUUGAUGUCGUACCAUAGUCUGAGGUCAGAAGAGCGUGCUGAUAUUAUUAACUCUGCCAGACUGGGAGCCUGAUUGAAAUUAAUGACGGCUGCCUUCGUCUGCCUAUCUUUCUUUCUUUCUGUCCCUGCCUCCCUCAUCCGAUGUUUAACCAUAUUCCACCUCGUUCUGUUGCCUCUAACUCUUGCGGACAGAAAUGGUCCUCAGUAAAACAGUCUAAGGUCAGAUUUAUGCUUCAACCAUGACUGUGCAGGUUAUGAGUCGGCCAAGGUGAGCUAGUGUGUGAUCUAACCUCCGGGGCGUUAUCCUUUUCUCUUUUUGAGUCAGAUUGGUCAGGAAGGACCAGUCUGUCAGGCCUGGAAGUCAUGCAUUUCUAUUUGAUUUUCCACCGGGGUUAACUCUGAUAUCAUCGCUUUUGACAGGGCUUGAAUUCACCCACUAUUUGAGGUGUGAGUUUGACGGGGGAAAGUGAAAGCGGAGGAUGGCAUUUACUCUUUGACCUAUAAAGAUCUCUGUCUACAGAAUGGGGCUUGACUCUGAAGGUCAGGAGAUAAAUCUGUUGUGAAGUAACAGAAGACGAUUAUGUUCAUGAGCAUAAAGAGCAUGUUUAUUGGACUUUUGACCUAAACAGUUACACUCUAGUGCUAAAGUACACUUUUUUACAUUUUAAUAGUAAUAUGUCAGUGCUGUGAGCUCUACAAACAGCUUACCUUCACCUCUACUGUAUCAGUGUAGUGGCUGAAAUCUCAGACAGAUACCUCAAAACCUGGGCCAUUAAAACGAAGACUAUCUGAACCACUAGAUACCUCGAGGGGUAAAUGAGAAAUAAUAUGUUUUGUAAUUUGGAUGAACAAACCAUUUAAUUAUGCCGUAGUGAUCUACCCACUCUUUUUUUGCUGUUCCAUUGUGUUUCAAAUGAAUAAUGACUUUCCCUCUGACCUCCCUAUGUCAUCUGUGGCAGCCAAUCCAAUAGACCCACUAGCGUUCACAAUGGGAUGUCAAAAGCACGUCAUUACUCUGCUAUCAGAUCAAUAGACCUUAAUUUGUGGCGGGUGGGACCAAAUAAAAAACACAGAGUGAAUUCCCCUUGGGCGCUCAGUUGGACGGCUAACAUUUUUAUAAAGAGCUCGGUUUUCUAUUUUGGCCCAUUGUUCAAAUUCUACAUGGCAGCUCCCCUAUGUGUUAGAUCCAAGGAAUCACCGAUCAAUUCGUUUUAGAUUAGUACCACAGGCUAUGCAAGCUUUUUUUUUAAAUAAUGGCUUCAUUUGGAGGAAUGGGGGGGGGGGAGAACUGAGGUUACCUACAUAUACCCUCAAGGGUUUUCCCUUAGAUGUAGAGAAUAACAUUAGCUCAGUUAUUCAUAAGCACAGUGGGUCCAAUUGUCGUAAUUUGCUGGAGACCAUUACUCAUUUCUGUCCAAUGGUCCAGUGUUCUUAUUUGAACUCUCAUGCUUUUAUUCAAAUCUAUACACUUACUCUUGAAUCGAUUUGUUCUCCAAAUUAGUCUGCUCUGUUCUGUUUGUGUAAAGGUUCAUCACUGUAAUACAUUUCAGUCUGAACAUACGGCCGAGCCUUGCUCCUCCUCCUCGCUUAAUACAUCUCCUGUCUUUCUUUGAGUAUCUAUUUAUCCACAAAAGUUAUUUUUCACUUGACAGCCAGGUUUCUGAUCUCCCCCUUCCUUAAAAUGUGGGGUGUCUGACUAUGGUCCUCAGGGGCCAGAGCCCACAAAUUGAGAGUGACAGAUGUACAGAUACUGUACCGGAGGGAUUGUCCGUGUGUCUUCUCUCCAGUCUGGCCAAUUAACAACAAUGAUGAAUCAAUGUGAAGGAAUCACUGACAGUCUCAGGCUUCCAGAAGAAAAACCAUCAGGGAAGAAUUGAGAUGCUUCAACUUGUGGCAGUCUCUGAGGAUCAGAGUCAGACCCUCUCUGUCCAGAGUUGUAAAUCCCAGAAGUACAUUGGAACUGGUAAUCAGGCUCUGAACAAAAUAACAAAACCAAUCACUGGGCCUCUUGUUUUCCCAAGUUGGGGUCACAGAGAGUCUAAGUGCAGGUCUUUGUGAUUAACAGGUACUUUGGGCGUAACAGCUCUGGUGAAUAGGCAACAAGCUUUUUAUUCAUCUAAGAAUGUGUAGAUAAUUUCUAUAUGCCUCAAACUGACUCAUGGGGAUUUUUACACUGUCCUAGACAAUGUUUGCUGGCUGCCUUGGGGACUCAUUGCUACACAAGUUUGGUUUCUCAUUUUAGUUUUGUACGUUUUUAAAGUUUGGGCUUAUUGAAAAACACAAAUUAAUAGUCACGGAAACUCAUACAACAACCCUCUCGAUUGCCUCCCUUUGGAGUUGUAGUUGCUCCCGAUGCAAAGCUCUGGCAGAGAAACUGUACACAAUGCAAUGGUUCCCUGGGAAUGGCAGUGAGGUCUCUUUGCUCCUGUUUAAUUAAACUUUUGAAUCCGUACACUAAGGUCUGCAGUGGAAACAUGAACUUUGUUUUAAUGCUGUAAACAUUAAAACAUUGUUCAGAUACUUGCAGGAGUGAAACCCAGAAGCAUUCCUCUUCCUAUCCCCUUAUGCCCCUUCCUCUUUCACCAUUAACAGAUUAAUGGUGCCUGAACCCGGGCUGUGGACAUAACUUUCUGUCACUUUUCCUGGAGUUUAAUAUCGGUACAGAAAAUGGGAGUCUUGGGACAGAAGUUAUGCGAUAAAGGGGAUCCAACAAAAUGUCCCUACAAUUUUAAUCUCCAACUUUGCCCUGGUACAUUUAUCUCCCCUUACAAAAUUGUGCAUUCUACUAAACAGAAUGAUAUAUUUAUGUUGUAAACAUGUAAAAUAUAAUACCUUUCUUUUUUUUACAUCAGAUACAUUUCAGAAGCUGCAGUUUGGUGAAGAUAAGUAUUUUUGUGCUAUAGUGUGACAGGGUGGAGCAGUCCUGCUUUCCUCUAUAGGGAUAAACAGGGAAGGCCAGGGCUUGAGUUCAUUACAGCUACUUCUUCUGAUGCCUUACAAACACAAUAAUAAGGCAAUUGUUGAACAUGUUAAUCCAAUUAUGGUACAGGACCAGUGGUGAGUGGCAAAACAGUAUCUUCAGUUUAUAGUGCCAUACCCAUUUUGUCCACAUGGAGUCAAACAAUCGAGCUGCUGUACUUUGGAGGUAGACUUCUCUUGGGCUGUCAUGGAUCUUGAUAGGCAGAGCCAAACAUCUAGAAAGCUUGGAUUGGGUACAACAUCUCGAUCACCUACAUGUAGAUCGUUUUAUUGACAGAUGUGCAGACUCGGAGAACGUAUACUGUUUGAAAGGCUCAGUUCAGAGCACAAGCAUCCACCCUUCAAGAAGCACAGUUAACCAACGAACAAGGCGAGAAAUUACAGAGAAGGCGGUUGGAUAUAAUGAAACGGAGAAUUCGUAUUAUGAGCUUGAAAAACAGGCCAGAGUUAGAGUAGCUGACCUUCUCACUUCAGUUAACAUGGCCUGUCAUUCUCUUGGCAUUAAUGUUUGUCUAUCUCUGCCAAGGAGUAUAUGUUUUCUUUUUGUGUUUGACUAUUACUUAUACAUGUCACACACUUUUAAAAGCUGUUUUUUCACGUUUAAUUAUUUCUUACUAUUGAUAUUUGAGCCAUUUUUACACAUGUGAAUGAUACUUUCCUACAAAUAUCUUCUCUGCACACAAACGUACAUAUUUUGCUGCAGAUUUGGGUCCAGACUCUACAACAUUACACAUUUAUAUUAUGUUUUCUAUUAAUAUAACAGACACCUUGUAUUUGUACUCUUUAUUUUAGAUUGUAACCACUCUAAAACUGCUCUUUGGCUCUGCCUAAAGAAAUUACCCUUUUUCCUCCUUCAGAGACGCUCUGCCCCUGAUUGACAUGUUUGUAUCUAACUGAAAACUACACAGGGAAUUCAACCACUAACAGUAUGAGACCAGCCAAGUUGACCUUGGCCCUGGCUAGUUUCACUGGCUCUAAAGAGGAAGCAGGACUGGGGUUUAACUGCAAACAACGCUGUCUGUCUGCUGUUGAGGUUGAGUCGUUAAUUUGUGGAUUCAUUUUGCGGGGUUGACCCAAUCC